AUGCUGCAUGGUCCUUCUCAACUGAAACAUAUUUGCGUAAUAUGUCAGCGAUCCAGUAUCACGCUGAGACUGCGGCGCAACCUCCUCACCCUGGCGAUUGAAUCUUCCUGUGAUGACACUUGCGUGUCAAUCUUGUCAAAAACAAAUGGGCCACAGCUUGCAAGAGCGAGGCAGUACUUCAAUGAGAAGAUCACUGUCAAGAACACCGGCAAAGGCGGCAUCUUCCCACCCGAAGCUCUGGACAGCCACCAAACCAAUCUCUCGAACCUGAUCGAGAAGUCUCUACCCUUUCUCCCAGACGCGGACGAAGCUCUCCCCGAGUCCAGCAGAGUCUGGCUUCGAGAUGGAACAAUCAAACAAAAGCCCGAUUUGAUAUCGGUGACUCGAGGGCCAGGAAUGUCUAGCAACCUGGGCGUUGGAUUAAGCACAGCCAAAGGGCUCGCGACGGCAUGGCAAAUCCCCAUGGUCGGAGUGCACCAUAUGCAAGCACAUGCUUUGACACCGAGACUUGUUGAUGCUCUGAAAAGAGACCAAUAUGGCACGUCGAACCCUCUCAACCCCGCGUUUCCAUUCUUGACCCUGUUGAUCAGCGGCGGUCAUACAAUGCUCCUCUACUCGAAAGGGCUGGUGGAACAUUCGGUCUUAGCUACAACAACAGAUACAGCCAUUGGGGAUGAGUUGGACAAGUGCGGACGUGUCAUAUUACCAAAAGACCUGCAACGAGGGACACCAGACACUGCAUACGGGAAAUAUCUCUCUGAGUAUGCUUUUCAGACACCCGAAGAGUUCACCAUGUGGAAUGUGCCUCGGAGUCGCCAGGAAGAAUGCAACAAGCCUCUCAACAGGUUUGGGUGGACGAUCAGAACGCCUUUGGCCCUGACAAGAGACCUGGCCUUUAGUUUCUCAGGCAUUGGGAGCCAGGUUCAGGAGCUCGUGCGGCGUAAUGGGAAAAGUUUGAUGGACGAGGAGGAGCGGAUACUAUUGGCUCGGGCAACUCUGGGUGCCGCGUUCGAGCAUCUGGGCUCGCGAACGAUCAUUGCAUUGGAGCAGCUCCGAGGUCAUGGAGUGGAGAUUCCUACCCUCGUGGUGAGUGGAGGAGUGGCAGCCAAUACUUUUUUACGGUAUUAUCUACGCCAAAUGCUCGAUCUGCGAUCAUUUGAGCAAGUGAGGUUGGUUUUCCCGCCGGUCGAGCUCUGCACGGACAAUGCGGCAAUGAUCGGGUGGGCUGGCAUGGAGAUGUUCCAAGCUGGAUAUAGAACAGAUCUCGGGUGCGACCCCAGGAGAAAAUGGAGCAUGGAUUCUCAAAGCGACGAGGGAGGCAUUUUGGGGAUUGGAGGGUGGAUUUUUGGCAGAUGA